GAUUUUGACAAUGUCCAGAUUUACACUAUAUCCCUGUUUUGGAUGCACCACUGACUUCGGUUUCUAGAAGACAUAGAUAUAGUGCUUAAGCAACCAAAGAUUCUGUUCCAUUUGGAUUAUUGAAAGAUAUUGAGUAGAAUCCCCUGUGCUAUAUACAAUAUUAAACUAACCAUGAAGAAAAUGAUUAUCAAUACACGGUGCUCUUUUGUAAAUAUUCCCAAUAUGGUUGGACCAGAUGUUGAAAAGGAAAUAAGAAGGAUGGAAAAUGGAGCAUGCAGCUCCUUUUCUGAUGAUGAUGACGACAGUGCCUCUAUAUUUGAAGAAUCAGAGAGUGAGAACCCCCAUGCAAAGGAUUCCUUUAGAAGUAAUACACACAGAAGUGGACGACCAUCACAGAGGGAGCAGUACCUGCCUGGAGCCAUCGCACUUUUUAAUGUUAACAACAGCAGCAAUAAGGAGCA